UAUGUGUAGAAUUCUUUUUCCUUGUUCUUUUAAGCUGCAACGACAAUCCUUGCUAGUGGUGAAAAGAAAUGCAUCUUCUUGCGCGAUCGAGUGCACCCAUUGUGUGCGUCUAUGCGGUAUUACCGCUGCAACGGAAACCCUCAUAAACGCAGCGAUGCAUCUGUUCCCCGCGAGACGAAGCUGGGCAAAACUGAAAGCAACUGCACGUAGCGAGCGCGUUCAUUGGCCUAGGCAACAUGUGUACGCAUGCGCAGUAGUUCUAAAUGCUCGGAGUCUCCUUUAAAAUAUAUGAAUGGUUGUAUAUUGCAGGUUAGCGUUUCGAGUCAGUGUGCGUCACCUAUCACGCCAAACGAGUGGACGCCGCGGCAACGGCCUGCAUCAGCUGUUGCCCUCGCUUCGCCCGCCACCGAGACCGUGAGAGGCGGCAGCCGGGCUGGCGACCGCCGUCAUGGAGCUGCUGCCGGCACCACAGACGGCCCUGCAAUGGGCUCUGGCCGCCGUGUGGACCUGCUGCCUCUGGCAUUCAGCACGAUCGUUCCAACAGGUCUGCUACCUGGUAGCGCCGGUCAACUCGUCUGACGCGCUGCCCAUCGCCUCGGUAAACGUGCGCCUGUGCAGCCAUGUGAUCAUGGGCUUCGGCACCGUCGCGGAAGAUGGCAGCGUCGACCUGGACGCGCUUGGUGGACCCCAGGCAUUGGCAUCUCUGGCCACGCUGCGAAAGCGUCGACCGGACCUCAAGCUCAUGAUCUCCAUAGGAGGGGGAGGGGGCGACAGCAACUUCAAGACUAUGGUGUCCGGCGCCGACAGCAGAUGGAGGUUCAUCGCCUCAGCGAUAUCAGCGUUGCGGGCGGCCCGCUUGGACGGACUCGACAUCGACUGGGAGUUCCCCAAGCUGAUGGAUGGAAGUCGCUUCGCGCGCCUGCUCAAGGCGGCGUCCGUGGAGUUCAAGAAGGACGCCCAGUGGCCGCUACUCCUGUCCGUUGCGGUGCCUGCUCAAAGCUUGCUCAUCAUCGGCGCCUACGACGUCAAGGCGAUGGCCAGGUCCGUGGACUUUGUGAACCUGAUGACAUAUGACUUGAACGUCUACAACUGGUAUACACCAUGGUUGCGUCACAACAGUCCCCUGCGGUCCAGCGCCACCGACCCGCCAUACUUCAAUACGCUCAAUGUGGAGUCAAGCGCCAAGCUGUGGGCAACCUUGGGCAUGCCAAAGUCCAAGAUCAUGGUGGGCAUUCCGACCUAUGGACUGUCGUGGGUGCUGCGCGAUCCUGACCGCUGGCAGGUCGGCUCGCUAGCCGCCGGUCGUUACGAAUACGGCGGCGGAUUUGUCAGUUACCCUCAGGUGUGCACGUUGCUUGAAAACGGCGCUCAGCGGGAGUACGACGCAGAAGCCAUGGUGCCUUUCCUGCACAAAGGAAAACUGUGGGUCAGCUACGACGACCAACAGAGUGUCGCGCUCAAGGCGUCGUGGACCGCGCGCAGCGGCUACGGGGGCACCAUGACGUUCAGCCUCAACUCUGACGACUGGGCCGGUGCCUGCGGCGACGGACCCUUCCCGCUGCAGAGGGCCAUCGCGAGCGCGGUCUCCGUGGAGCAGCCAGUGGUGGGCCUCGUGGCGGCUACACCUUGACGAGGAGCCUUCCACGAAGCACAGACCGCGUCACCACGUGACAUAGUGCGACGAAAACGUGCCACACGCAGGAAAGCAUGAGUCUGCCGCCGAACGUUCCCGGGUAUUCGUGAGGCAGCUUCUUUCGCCCGACCGCUCUCCGACGCACCACGCUAUGUCCAGCUACAGAGAGCAUGCGUUCUAGCCCACCAGCUAUAAAUUCGCUUCUGCGUCAAUCGAACAGCGCGCUACCACGCGUGUUGAGGAAAUCGCGAUUAUUGAAGAGGUCGCAGGCAUGACGAGCUGCUGGCUGCCGUUAGCGUUUCAGUCUCACGCCUUCGUUUCGGUACGACAUACGAACCAGAAAUUGUGCAUUAGUGCCGCAGUAAACACUGGCUGCGACGAAAUUGCUUUAUGAAAUAUCACUCUACAAGCUUUCUUUUUUUAUUUUCGCUGCAGGAUGACUCCAAUGCUUUAGCAAAGAGGGUUAGUAAAAGAGGCAACAGCUGGAAUAUAAAGGCGGGCGCGUGUGGUGCAAUGGCCUUCCCGCUUCAUCUCCAGAAGCGAGAAGCGCUGUGAAAAUGUGAGGAACUUUCUUCUUUUCCGAUCCCUCAAAGUUUGAAGUGUCGGAAGUGCAGUGAGGACCUGUCCGCGAGAACCAGCAAAGACUCCUAUCUUGAGCGCUGUGGCCUGCGCACUUUUGACACAAACUUCACGAGUACAUAGCUCCAUCAGCGUUAGCUUAAUAAAAAAGGUGUAACGAACAAUGUUAUUGAUAAGGGGAUCGAUUAGCUGCAGUUAAGAGGACCGCGGUAUAAACCGUAUACUGCCGUACAUAUCUGCCGCGAAGAACCGAACAAUUGAGUGCUUUCGGGAUAUAAAAAGAUUUUUUCCUGGCCAUUCCUGGCCACGAAAUGGGAAAGCUUGUUAUAUGCCGCCCAUAGUAUAUAGCCAUUCUGAUACGCUUUACCCACUGUGCUAUAUUGCUCAUGUUAAGACCUCAAACUUCCUCUCAACAUUGAGAAAUAUAUGCGGAAGGCAACAGAAGAAUAGAAUACGAUCGAGUUGCCUCUAGGUAUUAAAGUGCGUUUUUUUUCCUCGUUUGUUUCCCCCACCCGUGUCUCGAUCCCCUUUCAUAUCAAGACGUAAAGACGGAGCGAGAGUCCAUAAAUGAUCAAGUCACGUUUCAUUAGCCAAGUGUGCGUGCCACCCUUGACAAGUAUUAUUUUUCGACAGCUACUUGAAGUGCUUCGAACGUUGACUUCUCGCAACAGUUUGCACGUCGCGGCGCACGAACCAAUGACUACGACAUCGAUCAUCCCAUUUCCUUUACCCUGGCUUUCCCGCAGCCAAUGAAGAGCCAUGGAAGAGCAGAGCUGUGACUAAGCUCGCUCGCCCGUGCGUACCUCAUCACAACCUUAUCCGCCGAGCAAGCGGUCGGCUUAAACUCGCGUAUACAUGCUUCGUUUGCUAUAGCGCAUCACCACGUCACAAAUUUCGAUCUCGUAACGCGCGUUCCUGACGAGAAGACGGCGCAAGUCUUCGUAGUUUGCCCAAUGGCAUAUUUGCAAUAUAAUGCGUACUUUAUCUUGAACGUCAUGUUGGUCUAUUUUAUUAGUCGCUUUUUCUAAGUCUCCUUUCUACAGUGACUUCUGACAUUAAAUCAAACUUUGACAAAAAACUUCCUCUGUGUCCUUGUGAAGCAAAAAAGAAAAGAAAAAGAAAGCAUGCGCACGCACACACAAAGGUAUUCACUUUCCACGCACUGUGG